AUGAUAUUGGUGUUGUUUAUCAGUAUGAUUAUUGCCCUUGCCAUUAGGGAUUGGAUUUCAGGUGGUGUUAUCGGAUUUGUUGUUGGUAUUAACAUUCUUGUUGGGUUUGUCCAAGAAGUUAAAGCUGAGAAAACGAUGGGUUCGUUGCGUACGUUAUCUUCGCCAACUGCUAGAGUGUCUAGAGAUGGAAAUGAUGUCACUGUCGCAGCGGAGGAAGUUGUUCCUGGAGAUGUAGUCCAUGUCAAAGUUGGAGACACGGUACCUGCGGAUUUGAGAUUAUUCGAUUCAAUGAAUUUGGAAACGGAUGAGGCGCUAUUGACGGGAGAGUCUUUACCAGUACAAAAGGAUCACACUAUUGUUUAUGAUGAUUACUCAGUUCCGGUGCCUGUUGGAGAUAGACUAAACUUGGUGUACUCCUCUUCGGUUGUUUCCAAGGGAAGAGGUUCAGGUGUUGUUUAUGCAACUGGUUUGAAUACCGAAAUUGGUCAAAUCGCAAAAUCAUUGAGAGGUGACACUGGUAUCAUCAGAAGGGUUGACAGAUCCAAUGGAAAACCUAGAAAGAGGGACUAUGGUCGUGCUUGUGCGGGAACUAUUUAUGAUAUUGUUGGAAACAUCCUUGGUGUGACUGUUGGAACGCCAUUGCAAAAGAAGCUUUCGUGGUUGGCCAUUUUCCUUUUCUGGGUCGCCGUUGUGUUCGCCAUUGUUGUAUUGGGAUCGCAAAAAAUGGAUGUUACCCGGAAUGUGGCUAUUUAUGCAAUUUGUGUUGCCUUGUCAAUGAUUCCAUCGUCUUUGAUUGUUGUGUUGACCAUUACAAUGGCUAUUGGAGCUCAAGUUAUGGUGACCAAGCACGUUAUUGUGAGAAAGUUGGAUUCAUUGGAGGCACUUGGUGGUAUCAAUGACAUUUGUUCAGACAAGACUGGUACUUUAACGCAAGGGAAGAUGAUUGCCAAGAAGGUGUGGCUACCAAAUGUUGGUACUUUGGAGGUACAGAAUUCAAAUGAGCCAUACAAUCCAACUGAGGGAGAUGUAAGAUAUGCACCAUAUUCACCGCUUCACAUCAAGCAGACGGAUGAAGAGAUUGAUUUCAAGCAACCUCACCCCGAUCCAAUGCCGCAGAGUAUGCAUGACUGGCUAAUGACUGCCACUUUAGCAAACAUUGCCACCGUGAACCAGAGUAAAGAUGAAGAGCUGGGUGAAUUGGUCUGGAAGGCUCAUGGAGAUGCUACUGAAAUUGCCAUUCAGGUGUUUACCACUAGAUUGGAUUACGCUAGGGAUUCACUCGUUGAUGGGUAUGAACACAUUGCUGAGUUCCCAUUUGACUCUUCAAUCAAAAGAAUGUCGGCAAUCUACAAGGAUAAAUCAGGGGAGACUAAAGUUUACACCAAAGGUGCUGUUGAAAGAGUAUUGCAAUUGUGCACGACUUGGUAUGGGGAAGGCACUGACGAUUCGCAAGAAUUGAAAAAGUUGACUGAUGUCGAUAAGCAAAUCAUUGAGGGAAAUAUGACUGCGUUAUCGUCCCAAGGGUUGAGAGUGUUGGCAUUUGCUGCCAAAUCCAUCGAUGGUGAUUGUGGUGAUCGUGAAAAGGUUGAAUCCAAUUUAACCUUCCAAGGUCUCAUCGGUAUCUAUGAUCCACCAAGGGAGGAAACUGCUGGGUCUGUGAAGUUGUGUCAUCGUGCUGGUAUUAAUGUUCAUAUGCUUACUGGUGAUCAUCCAGGUACUGCAAAAGCUAUUGCUCAGGAGGUGGGUAUCUUACCUCACAACUUGUACCACUAUUCAGAAGAUGUUGUCAAAGUGAUGGUCAUGACUGCUAAUGAAUUUGAUGCAUUGUCCGAUGAUGAGAUUGAUAAUUUACCUGUGUUGCCUUUAGUUAUUGCCCGUUGCGCUCCCCAAACAAAGGUGCGUAUGAUUGAUGCAUUGCAUAGACGAAAGAGGUUUGUAGCAAUGACUGGUGAUGGUGUCAAUGACUCACCUUCGUUGAAGAAAGCUGAUGUGGGAAUUGCUAUGGGUAUGAAUGGUUCUGAUGUUGCUAAGGAUGCUUCGGACAUUAUUCUCACAGAUGACAACUUUGCAUCAAUAUUAAACGCCAUUGAGGAAGGUAGAAGAAUGUCCUUGAAUAUUCAAAAGUUUGUCUUGCAGUUGUUGGCUGAAAAUGUUGCUCAAGCUAUUUACUUGAUGGUUGGUCUAGUGUUUAUGGAUAAUGAUGGGUUUUCAGUUUUCCCCCUUGCACCUGUUGAAGUGUUGUGGAUCAUCGUCGUUACAUCAUGUUUCCCAGCAAUGGGAUUGGGUCAGGAAAAGGCUCAAUCAGAUAUCUUGGACUUGCCGCCUAGUAACACCAUAUUCACCUGGGAGGUGAUUAUCGACAUGUUCGCUUACGGAAUCUGGAUGGCUGCUUGCUGUUUGUCUUGUUUUGUGGUGAUCUUAUACGGCAGAGGUGAUGGUGAGUUAGGCUCCGAUUGCAAUACUGGAUCAGGUGAAGAGUGCAACUUGGUCUUCCAAAGUCGCUCAGGAGCAUUUGCUGCUUUUACGUGGUGCGCUUUGUUGCUUGCGUGGGAAUGUAUCCACUUGAGACGUUCAUUUUUCUAUAUGCACCCAGACUCCGAAAAACCAUGGUAUUCUCAAUUGGCUUCUGAUUUAUGGGAGAAUCAAUUCCUCUUUUGGUCAAUUAUAUUUGGAUUUGGAACUGUGUUUCCCUUGGUUUACAUCCCAGUCAUCAAUGACAAGGUUUUUCUUCAUGGUCCUAUCGGCUACGAAUGGGGAGUCGCGGUUGCUUUUACUGUGGCAUUCUUUAUUGGUGCUGAAGUUUGGAAACUGCUCAAACGCGUUUAUUUUAGGGAUCAGUCACGUAAAGGAAUUGUGUCUGAUACUGGUGACGUUUUUGAAAAGUACGCCUCAUUUUCAAAGGAUAACACGUUGGUUUAA